UUCCCCGAGUCCCCCAUACACAAGAAGGAAGGGGGAAAAGAAGACGAGAGAAGAGAAGAGAAAAGAAAAGAAACUCUGGUCCUUGUUGCUGUUCUCAGUCUUCGCUCCUCAGGGUUGAGGGAGACGGUCGGUAAGGGACAACAAAUCCGGUAAAGGACCUCCCCAGCAGUUGCAGAAAAGAGGUGAGACUUGCGGCAAGAUAGUCCGGAGCACGAGGGCGUUGAUCUGAUUUAGAGUAGUCAGUGCAGCAGUUGGAGUAGGCUUGGUGCGGUGGGAGAGAGAGAGAGGAGAAAUGAGAAGCUAAGCAGAAAAUGGAAGAGGUGGCGGAGGGACUUUGGUCACUGGCGGAUCACGAAGAGAAGAAGGGGGAAAUCGGCAGGGCCAUUAAGUGUUUGGAGGCGAUAUGCCAGAGCACGGUGUCGUUCCUGCCCAUCAUAGAGGUGAAGACGCGACUCCGCAUCGCAACCCUGCUCCUCAAGCACACCCACAACGUGAAUCAGGCCAAGUCUCACCUGGAGCGCUCCCACCUCCUCCUCAAGUCCAUCCCUUCCUGCUUCGACCUCAAGUGUAGGGCCUUCAGCCUCCUCAGCCAGUGUUACCAUCUCGUGGGCGCCAUUUCUUCGCAGAAGCACAUCCUGACCCGCGCACUCGACCUCAUUGCUUCUGCUGCUGCCGCUGCCGCCGACCAGCUGGAAGUGAAGCUAUGGGCUUGCAACUUCUACUCGCAGCUUGCCAAUGCUCUCAUAAUUGAGGGCGACUAUCAGAGCUCGAUAUCUGCGCUAGAGCAUGGACGACUCUCUGCCACUGAGCUGCGCUAUCCGGAGCUGGAGAUGUUCUUCGUGACAUCCACUCUUCAUGUGCACCUGAUGCAAUGGGAGGACGAGAAUGUGAUUGCAAGUGCUGUCAGUAAAUGCGAUGAGGCCUGGGCCUCCAUUCAUCCUGAGAGAAGACCACAAUGCCUUGGUUUGUUUUUCUACAAUGAGCUGCUGCACAUCUUCUAUCGCCUGCGCAUCUGUGACUACAAGAAUGCUGCCCAGCAUAUCGACAGAUUGGAUGCGUCAAUGAAGAAUGAGUUGCAGCAGAGGCAGGAGCUUAUGGAGGAACUCCAAGCUUUGAACCAGAGUCUCUCUAGCUCUGAUCUGAGCCCCAGAGAUAAAUUGGCUCUGUCUGGAAAACAAUCUCAGCUUCUAGAGCAGUUGAGAACAAUGGCUGGUCAAGAUUCUUUUGCACCAGGUAAUAGUGGAACUGUCAAACAAGCAUGGGGUGAGGGGCUUGAGUUGGCGCCAUCCCCUAUAAAUGGAGAGUGGCUCCCUAGGAAUGCUGUGUAUGCACUUGUUGAUCUUAUGGUUGCCACUUUGGGACGUCCAAAAGGACUUUUUAAAGAAUGCAGCAAAAGGAUUCAAUCUGGAAUGCUUAUCGUCCAAGAGGAGCUGAUGAAGCUCGGUAUAACAGACAAUCUCAAAGAGGUGGAUUUGCAACACUCUGCUAUCUGGAUGGCUGGUGUUUAUCUAAUGCUUCUUAUGCAGUUCCUAGAAAACAAAGUGGCGGUGGAGCUUACACGAUCUGAAUUUGUUGGAGCACAAGAGGCUUUGGUGGAAAUGAGAAAAUGGUUCACUCGCUUUCCAACUAUAUUGCAGGCUUGUGAGAGCAUUAUUGAGAUGCUUAGAGGUCAAUAUGCGCAUUCUGUUGGCUGUUAUAGUGAAGCUGCCUUUCAUUACAUUGAAGCAGCAAAGCUAACAGAGAGCAAAUCUACGCGAGCAAUCAGCCAGGUUUAUGCAGCCAUCUCUUACAUUUGUAUUGGUGAUGCUGACUCAUCUUCACUGGCACUUGAUUUAAUUGGGCCUAUCUAUAGAACAAUAGAUUCCUUUGUUGGAGUUCGCGAGAAGACUUGCAUCCUUUUUGCUUAUGGACUUUUGUUGAUGAAACAACAUGAUCUACAGGAAGCAAGGAAUCGGUUGGCCAGGGGCCUGCAGAUGACACAUGCACAUCUGGGGAAUCUUCAACUUGUUGCACAAUAUUUGACUAUUCUGGGAAGUUUAGCACUUGCCUUGCAUGAUACAGUGCAAGCCAGAGAAAUCUUAAGAUCUGCCCUUACCUUAGCAAAGAAGUUGUAUGAUAUUCCAACACAGAUUUGGGUAUUGUCUGUCCUAACAGCCCUGUAUCAAGAAGUAGGGGAAAAAGGAAAUGAAAUGGAGAAUGCUGAAUACCAUAGGAAAAAGGCGGGUGAUCUGCAGAAGAGACUUGCUGAUGCUCAUUCAUCUAUCCACCAUAUUGAACUGGUCGACAAAGUGAAAGUUGAAGCUAUGCAAUUCCAAGACCUUGAUAUGAAGCGUCUUCUUGGUGGUCCAUCCAUGAGGGCAAAUCUUGACAUUCCUGAAUCUGUUGGUCUAUCGGCUCCAGCCCCUAAUACAUAUACUUCGAGGCUGGUGGACUUGGACUUGGAUACAGGAAGACGCACAAAAAGAAAAUAUUAGUUGGAACUCUACUUUCUUUUCCUUCCACCUAUAUGGUGGAAUGUUCAUGGUCAAACUACAUACGAUAUCAGCACUAUCAACAACAAUUUACCAUGUUGUAAUUCAUGUAGGUAUAGAUAGAUGUAAUAUCUAAUUUGUGUAUAUGUAAAUCUGCGAAACAUGUUACUGGAAUAGGCAUUACAAGGUUCUUGGUUUCCGGUGCUAGGCUCUGCUAGCCGUAUUGUUUUCAGUAACCUGACACGAUUAGCGAUCACAGUAAGUAGUUCAGUUUGA